ACUCGCAGCACCGGAUCAUUCGCGUGCCGCCUCUCAGAGCCGACGGUUCGGUUGAAAAGCGCGUUCCCGUCGUUUGUUUGCGUGUGUCGUGCGUUACGUUCGUGCGUUGUUAUCGCCUUUCGUUCUUUCGGGGCUGGUGUUUGGCGAUUGGUGGUAAGCUCUGCCAGCAAAUCCCCGCUUUGCGUUCUUCGGAGCCCCGGAGAUGGUGAGUGGAAAAGGAAUCGUGGCACUGAAGUGAGUUUGAUACGAUCCAGCGAGACAACGCGAAGAUAUUGAUCUGAAUUCGAGGUUCGAUGUAAAGUAGCGUGUGCUUGUGUUUCUAGAAUGAGUGUGUAAAUGAUUGUGAGUGAAAAAUUGUGAGAUUCAGAAAUCUAAAAAUGAGUGAAAAGUGUUAACAAAAAGAAGGAAAAUCUAUAAGGAAAAAGUAUGAAAAAAUCCUCAAAACGUGUGUGAAAAAUCCAGUGGUAAUAAAAGAAAAACGCGGGCUCGAAAAAAAAAAGUUUAAUUUUUCCACCUCUUUUCCGUUGCGUUUGUAACCCGCUCUUACCCGUCUAGUGAGUGAAGUUUUUCUCCCGUUUUCCCAAACAUCCCACGGAGUCGUGUAAAGUGGUGGUGGUGAAGGUGAUUUUUGUAACACCUGCUCGGUCUUUCUUUCCCCGACCCCAAGUUCUUAAGCCCCGUUCCAAGUGUGUCCAAGGGUUUUGGUGAGUGUGUUGCCUUGCUUCGUGUGUCUACAUCACCAGCUGAUUUCGUUCCGGAAAAAUCAACGCGGAAAAGCUUCUCAGUAGCAGCAGCCGCACCGCCAACAUCCACCUUUUUAUCCCUGUCGAACGCGGUACAGCAAACGGAGUGGCGUGAAAUCAUAAAAAUGGAUAAACGUACGAGCAUGAAAAUUGGAUUACUCUGCGUGCUGCUUGGAGCAUGUUCGGCGGUGAAAAUCAUCAACCUAAAAGUUCCCUCCACCUACCUGCUCGACCAGACCUCCAAAACGCCCGACCCGCUAAUACUGGACUGCGAGUACGAGGUGGACGAAAGCGAGAAAGGGUUCGUGUUAAAAUGGCUUCUCGAUGGACAGCCCGUCUAUCAGUGGAUCCCGUCGAAAAAUCCGUUCCCUUUCCAAUCGUUUAAGAACCGUGUCGACACGAGCUACGUCGUGUCACAGGAGCAUCUGCACAAGCAUCGAGCGAUGGCGAUCAUCAAACCGCUCGCCAACUUUACCGGCGAGUACAUGUGCAUCGUGCAGACGUACGCGUCCAUCGAUAGGAAAUCAGCCAAGCUGAAAAUAAUCGUGCGGGAGAGUAAAUUCGACCUAAGCUACUACCUGAACGGCGAUGGGUACAUCACGGUUGAUUGCCACGCACGGGACAUUUCCCCGCUACCAGAGCUCCAAAUACGCAUCAACUACGAGCUGUUCGAGACGGAAAACCUCAAGUCCGUGCAGGGCGAGAACGGACUGUACAACGUGUCCAUCAGCGGCCGGAUACGAAAGGAUCAGCUCGAAUCGCCGGCCAUGAUCGAGUGUCUGCUCUCGAUACCGGAGACGAACUACAACAAACGCCGCUCGACGACGUACUACGCGCGCAAAACUAAAUCUAACAAUAAACCGCUUCCAGAAUCGCAUCUGAAAACCACUACCACUACGGUGGCGACCACGACGACGGUCGAAAUGCUGCAAGCGGCACCGGAAAACCUACAGAAGAAGGGCUUUAACGCGACCGAAUCGAACGGCGCUAGCAGCAGUCUUCCGGUGCCGCUACGAACGACCACAAGCGUGCUGGCGACCGUAGUGACGAUUUUACUCAUCUUCACCACAACGCUCUUGUAGAUGAGCUUGAAGCAGUACACCGACGUCGAGAUCCGGAACCGCCGACUGCACCUCAACUUCAUACACAGCUAAGAAGCCACCACAGCCACAGCCCGGUAGUGUGUUGCGGUGUGCCGCCAUUCAGGCGCCAAACACUGGUGGCUCUUCUUCGUUUCACUAAAACACGAUAAUCAACGGGGUACGGGAGUGCUCGCCAUAACUGUGUGAGUGUGUGUAUGUACGUAUGUGUGAGCGUGUGAGUGCAAUUCGUCAACGUGAUAGUCCAAAACUCCAAAGCUGCCGAAUGUGCGUAGUGCGGUAAGUUAGAACGAGAUAACGCUGCUGCAAACCAUCAAGUACCAAAACGAGUCAUGCUUACACUAGUUUGUUUGUUUGCUGCAAAUUUUAAGCUCUUACUGCACAAGCUAAACCAAAACUAUGGAGGCAGUAAGGAGCUAGGUUAAGUGAGUUUGUGUUUCAAUGUCAUAUACAUGAUUUCGUAACAGACGUGUGCGGUUAAGUUUAGCUCUCUGAAAGAGAAUUUAAUUUUAAGAAGUAAAUAGAUUCAUUGAACACAUAUUAUUAACUACCAAAACACAAAGAAAUAGCUGCUAAUGAAAAGCAGAACGGCAAGCAUGGAUUUCAUACAAACAUAAGUUACCACAAAACACUUCUAUUAAACCAAACUUUUGGAGAAAAAGCUUUACACAAUCUGACGGGAGCAUCUGCAGUCAAAAGAUUGUACUACUUUUACCAAAAAUAAUCCCAAUCAUCAAAAUUAUACUAUUUUGCUCGUCAUUUUAUUUAUAAAGAUGAUAUUUUGAUUCAAGUUAUUUGCUUCCUGCCUUUUGGCUCAUGCCCAUUCUGGUUGGCUCCACUAGAAGUGGUGAACGAGAGCGACCUAGCUCUUCAAUUUCAACGUAACAAACACGCACACUAAACUAAAGCAAACAUCGUGUAUUUCCUCUUGUUUUAACCAUUACUACAAAAACCACAAAGAAACUGUUAGUAACAAACUGAGUUUGCUUGUCGGAUUGCAUACCCACAGGCGUUAUGACCUUUCGAAUCUUUGUCAGUAGCGAACAAAAGCUUUCUGUGUGUGUUAUUAAUUGCCUUUUUUGGAUUGCUUUAACACCACCCCACAUCAAAAUCAUGACCUUCAAAAAAUUUCCCUCAAAGAAAAACAAACGUCCGGGUUACAUGCGUCGGUGUAUGAAGGCAGGGUCAUCAGCGAAAGCAACGAGAGCGUAAAUUGAAAACAAAAAAAUACAAACACACACACUCCGAGAAACAAGCUGUAAAAAGUUCUUAUGCAUAUGAUCGAAUCGAUAUUUCAACAACAGUAACACAACACUAGAUAUUUAACUGCUCGGCCGUGGAAAUGGGUACCAUUUCCGCACUGGUUCGGUUACGAAUCGAGCCGCGAAACUAAUAGGACAAUGAAACCGUUUGCGAGAGAGAUUGCGUGUAAUUUCACCGCAGCGAAGCGAAACACAAUGAAACUCAAAUCCAAUGCACUGUAAAGAUUUAAAAUUAACAAACCCGCCAACCACUCGCCUGGGGGGAGAACAGGAGGGAGAAAGAAGGUGGGUAAAAUUCGGCGAAAACAAAAGGAAAAGAAAACAUAAACAGCUAUUUUAUACAACCAUUGUGAAUAGACGAGUAGAAGGAAGCCAUUGUGAUUGUGUUUUUUGCAACGCGAUCACAGCAGGUGCGAUACGCGUGUGUAUGUGUGAGCGUGAGUGAGUGAAUCGUGAGAAUGAAUGGUGAGUGGGGCGGAUGGUGCAUGCAUGAAAAAUUUGAUGCCUUAUGAACACUAAGACGGAAGCUGAAAGGAGAAGUAAACUAAACCAAAACCAACCGCAAGUACGCGUAAAGGAUGCAACAACAAAAAAAAACAAAGGGGAAGCCGGGCUACUAGGAGGAGAGUAUCGAAGCAAACGAAAGCUACAGCACAACUCGUAUAGGUAUAGGUAUAUACAAUAUAUGUAUAUUGCAAAUAGUGUUUUUUUAAGAAGUAAAACAAAAAACCAACCAAACGUACUUUUGAUCGCAUUUCGUAAAACGAAACUGUGGUAAGGCAACGCACGAGAGAGAGAGAGAAAGAGAAGGAAGGGAAGAGGGGGAAAGAAAUGAACACUUUCACACUUCUAUUGAAAUGCACUGGUUUAUUGAAGGAUUUGAAAAACGAAGGGAAAUUUGUUAAGAGAAACGGAACUAAAAACUAAACCAGAAACCGAAGCAGGAAAAAGUAAAGAGUCAUGAGAACAUAAAACCAUUCUAACAAAAACCAUAAAUCACAACAGUGAUCGUGAAAUGAUGAAAAACGGUAGAAGCGGCUUUGAAACACUUCACGAAACAGAAAGAAAAACCAAACACAUGUCAAUGAAAAAGAAUAAAAUAAUGCAACUGUUCAAAUGCAAACCUAAACUCACUGGCGAAAGUGCGAUCGAGCGAACGAAGUUUGUACGUCCAAUGUAAAGAGAAACUAAAACGAACGAAAGAUGAAAACAUGUUGGGUGCUGCUUUCAUGGAUUAGUAUAACAAAGCGUGUAUAAUUUUGAUUUAGGAGAUGGCAAAAAAACAAACAAAAAUCGCAUAUAAAUUCUGCUAUAUAAAUAAAAGCAAACAGAGCGAAAAAAAAACAGCGGAUAAAAUAAAAGGAAAAAUCGACGAGUAACAGAAGGAAUAAGAAAAAAAAACUAUAAGUGUCCAGUCUCAAGCAGGAAGCUUGCAAAAAGGUUAAGUUUUCGUUAUAGUUUGAUUUUUCUGUUUUGCCUUUUUUAACAACUACAAUGAAAGCGAUUUUUUUUAAAAACGGUACAACCGAGUGAAAAUAAUGUGCUAUGAAACUGUAAACUAAACAGAAAUCAAGGAAAAAGAAAGAACAAACUUGCAAGUGAGCAGACCAGAGUAUAAAAUAGAGAGAGAGAAAAACAUGAAACUACUUCAACCAGUCAAUGCACAAAACAAAACCUAAAAAGUUUCAAAGAAACCAACAAAAAAGAAAAAAAAAGUAUAGAAAAGAAGGAUAAAGAAACAAAAUUGGAACCAAUUAAAGCCACCAAAUCAGAAUAAACUUAGAGCGUAUCCGUACCAGAAAGCAGAGAGCAAACAUUAUAAACGAAGCCGAUAACUCUGUUUUGCUUUAACUUCUUCCGGCUACAGACCAGCGUACCGGUAACAUUGUUUCCUCUGUUGAAUUUUAUUUACAUUUGUAUAUGUAAAAUUUAUAUAAGCUGUAAAGUAAAAAAAAACAAGAAAACAA